UCCGAUGCACUUGUUGAGCGGGGAAUAUCGGCGGAGUUGAAACAGGAACAGCCCCUUCUGGGUUUAUUUCUGAGUUGUGUCUUGGACCCAGUUUUGAUCAAACAAAGCUCGACCUGUGGCACUGACUUCCUAUUUCUGCGACUGUCAUCUCACAACCUCGUGGGCCUGGAUCUCAGAGAUUAAACUGAAUCUAUUUUUAUUAGCCACCUGGACCCGACUGCGCGGCAAUGUUCCUCUCCACAUGGAGAUGUACAGGAUAGAGCCAGCAUAUGCUUUACAACUAGCUGAGCGGGAGACGAGCUGACCGGUGUGAUGAAGGAUCGACUGGCUGAACUGACCGCUGCCGCUUCACAAACAGAAGAGGAUGUUGCAGUUACAGUUAACCAAGAUGGAUUCAUGGAUAGCUUUUUCAGAAGGGUGGAAGAAGUCAGAGGAGUCAUCGAUAAGAUCUCCAUACAAGUGGAAGAAGUGAGGAAGAUCCACAGCAUGAUCCUGUCGGCACCCAACACAGAUGACAGGACAAAGGAUCAGCUGGCUGCACUCACCAAUGAUAUCAAAGGGAAUGCCAAUGUGGUGCGAACCAAACUAAAAUCCAUUGAGCUGAGCAUGCCCAAAGACGAUGCUGCUAACAGGGCCUCCGUAGACUUCAGGAUCCAGAAAACACAGCACACUGUGCUCUCCAGGAAGUUUGUGGAGGUCAUGACCCAGUACAACGAGACUCAAGUGUCCUUUAGGGAAAGAAGCAAAGGAAGAAUCCAGAGACAGCUGGAGAUAACUGGAAGAGUGACCACCAAUGAAGAACUAGAAGACAUGUUAGAAAGUGGAAAUCCAUCCAUCUUCACCUCUGAUAUCAUUUCUGAUUCCCAAAUCACACGGCAAGUCGUGAACGAGAUAGAGUCACGACACCAGGACAUCAUGCGCUUGGAGACGAGCAUCAGGGAGCUCCAUGCGAUGUUCAUGGACAUGGCAAUGCUGGUAGAAACUCAGGGGGAUAUGGUUAACAACAUUGAGAAGAACGUCUCUAAUGCAGCUGAAUACAUUUGUCGUGCAAAGGAAGAGACCAAAAAAGCAGUCAGGUACCAGAAGAAAUCCCGGAGGAAAUACAUUAUUCUUGCCUUUGCUCUGUUGAUCCUGCUUGCUGUUAUUGCACUAAUUGUCGGCCUGUCUGUCGGACUAACCAAACCCCCUGCAUGAGACCUGCUGUGAGGUAACAACACUUCCACACCCACAACUUCCUUUUCUUGAGCCAAACAUCCAUCUCUUAAUUUAUGAAUCUAUUUUAUAUAUUAUGUUCAUCUGCCGAAUGCUUCACUGGAUCUGCGGUUUCUCAUAUGCAGCCAGUUCCUCUGACUACUCCUUUCUCCUGUUUUGACAGAAGCUUCUCUACCUUGCCAUGUGUGGAGGUUUCAUACUUUUACUCAUCAUAAUAGUCGGAGUCUUUGAGUAAUGAAUUCCAUCGUGUGCAGUUCCACAGCAGACAGAAGUGAUGAAACUUUUACAAACUUCAUAAUAGGACUGUCAGCCUCUACCCAGCAGGACGGAUGUCUUGAGCAGAACUUUUCCCCCAUUAUUGUUAUUAUUUUUAAAAAAAACAAUGACUCCUGAUAACAACCAACUGACAGCUGAUAUUUGGAAUUGAUACAUUUUUACGGUAAAAGAAAGUUUUAAUGUUUACAUCACUUCACUACAUAUGAAAAAAGCAGAUCUGGCAUAUUUACAUGAUGGACACAAGUGUUGGUGUUAAUUAAUACCUUUUCUUAAUUAAAAGAAAAAAUAAUCAAAGCCUAAAGCUUAGCAGCAGAUGUGUAUAUAGAUAUAGAUCUGUUUGUCUCAUCUUCCCAGUACCCCUGCUAUUCUUCAAUGUUUUUUUAUUUUAUUUUAAUUUUUCGCUUUUUUAGCAAUUUAAUCACUCACUAAAGACAACAUCUUAAAGUAUUAAUUGUUACUGUUUUAUGGCAGUUAGGGCGUGUCUGUCCAAUUAGAAGCAUGAAUUCCUUCUCGUGGUCAGCAGAGUCCAGUGCAACAGAUCUUGGUGGGGAAAAUAUUCCUCGGCUCCUUAACACUUUCCUUUGGAGUUAAUGGCCUCAGUUGCCAGUUUCAUGCCUUAGUGAAAACAUGGUGCUUAUAUUUGAUGAUAAAGAGACAAAAUAUAUUUUUAAAAUUUAAGUUGGGAUAAAAUGUAAAAAUAAAAGCAGAAUGUAAUUAUUCAAAAGCAAAUCCUCAUAUUUCAUUACUAUAGAACACAGAAAACAUAUCAAAUGUUUAAGCUGAAAAAAAGUUAUGAAACAAUAAAGCAUUCUUUAUUCUGAAAUUGUUCCAUAAUUGGUCUUGCAAAUUGGUGAGCCUGAAAUUACUCUGAAAUUUGUUCCUAUUUUUGAUGAGUUUUAAGGAUGAAGACUGAAUUCAAUAAAACUGGAAUAGAGGUGGGCAUACUUGUCAUAACAGAAGUAGGUUGUAAGAUUGUGGGAUGUACCACUUCAAGGAUAUCUGCUAUUCUACCUUCAAAACACAGCUCAUCUAGCUACUGGUCAGCUCCAGUCUGUGUGUACUUUACUGUGCCAGAAUAGCCUUUAGUUUUGAUUGUUUGUUAUAUGCAUGUAACUAAUCGGAUGUGAUUGGGACAUUGCUCUAGGUCACAGAGUAGUGGUCCAGCAGUAGUCUGUUUUGUGUGGUUCUAAAGUUUCAAGGUUUAUAUUUUCACUGCAAAAAUAUAUCAAUUCUUCUUAACUGUAAAACAUCAUAAUUGCUAUCAGCCCUGAACAAAGACGCAACAGUCAACACACAGAACCAGUUACAAUAGACACAACAACAUCGGCCUCUGUGUUAUGCUGAAGUAGAGCACGUCUGUUCAAUACAGCAGAUUACUGUUGUUCUAUGUUGCUGUUAAAUAGAUUUUUUUGUGCUGAAGAAACAGUUUGACAUUUUGGGAAAUGAUUUGGGUGCUUGUUGAGGGUUCGAUUAAAGGAUUAAGUAUAACUUGCAUGUUUAAAGUAAUAAACAUGCCAUAGACACUUUUUUUUUAACCCAGGCUAGGAUAGCUGCUGGCUGCUGCUUCACAUUAAACACAGACACGAGAGCAUAUCAUUCUUUUAUCAUAAUUUAAUAAAGCUACAACAACUGCCCAGACAGUGGUGCACUGGUUAGCACUGUUGCCUUGCAGAAAGAAGGUCCUGGGUUCAGGUCUACCAGCUAGCUGGGGCCUUUCUGUGUGGAGUUCACAUGUUAUCUCUAGGUACUCCCACAGACACACGUGGGGUUUGUUUAACUGACUGUAGAUGAAUGGCUGUCUCUCUCCAAGUGCUAGUUUGGCACCAUGUCCCAGCUGUGUACCCUGAAUUGGGUAAGCUGAUGCAUGUCACAAUUUUAUCAAACUGCUGCUUUAGUGUCAAAACAUGUGACCAGCUCACUUCUCUGUAAACUGACGGCAUACUUUGUGUUUACAUGUUCAAGUAUGUGCUUUAUCCUUUUCACCUGUUGUGUAUAUAUAAUGUUAUUUGUGUGAUGUGAAUGUUAAACUACUACAGCUCAGGAGACCUUUAGGAAUUUCAUGUAGUAACAUAGAAUCCACUGUUAUACUGUAAAUGUGCCUUCUUGACAUUUUAAUAUGAAACCUUAACCUUAAGUGCAUUUGUCACAGCUACUGAGUGUGAUGACUGAAAUACUGCUGUGAAAAGAGUCAUGCAGUAAUGUAAGACUCUUGGAAGAAUAUUUCAGGAACACACAUUUUUAUUUUGAUACCUUUUUGUUUUUUGCUUGAUUUUUGUAUUUUAUACUGAAAAAACAGAUAUUAACUAAUGCAAUAAAUAAAAAA